GUUAUGCGUUUAAAAUUGAAAAAAAAAAUUAAAUAAUUGAAGGCUGCCGAAAACCAUUCUUAUCUGGUUAAACGCAUUAACAUGACGGUGACAAUGCGAAAAUGUUAUAUUUCAGGUGUAAGCCUAACUUCUCAAUUGGGCAAAAACCCUAAACCCUCUGUCUCAAAUUCUCGUUGCUUUCUCUACUUCCCUGCUCCUGCCUCCACGCGAAGUAACGCAGAUUCUGUUUUUGCUGCCGAUAAGCCUUAUCAAAUGAUGGAUUCCAAUACCCAAAACAACGUGGAGCAGCAACAAUCGGCGCAGAGGAUACAAAUAUACCCUCCCACUACCACUGGAGUUUCCCCCUUUUGGAGAGACAAGUAUGAAAGAGAUGCUAAGAAGUAUUGGGAUCAAUUCUACAGGCGGCAUCAAGAUAGGUUCUUCAAAGAUCGGCACUACUUGGACAAGGAAUGGGAUCGGUAUUUUUGUGGAAGUGGAAGAAAAGUCAUUUUGGAGGUUGGCUGUGGAGCUGGAAAUGCUGUAUUCCCUUUAAUUUCUACAUACCCAGAUGUUUUUGUUCAUGCAUGUGACUUUUCACCUCGUGCAGUUAAUUUGGUUAAGGCACAUAAAGACUUCACCGAGACUCAUGUCAGUGCUUUCGUCUGUGACCUGACUACUGAUGACCUUAGCAAACAGAUUUCUCCUACCUCUAUCGAUGUUGUAACCAUGAUUUUUGUAUUAUCUGCAGUAUCCCCAGAGAAGAUGCCUUUAGUCUUGCAGAACAUCAAAAAAGUUCUCAAGCCAAAUGGUUAUGUGCUGUUUAGAGACUAUGCUGUUGGUGACCUUUCUCAGGAAAGGUUCUCUAGCAAGGAUCAAAAAAUCAGUGAAAACUUCUAUGUCAGGGGUGAUGGCACUCGUGCUUUCUAUUUUUCUAAUGAGUUCUUGACAAGUUUGUUUAAAGAACAAGGACUUGAUGCUGAAGAGCUUGAUUUGUUUUGCAAACAAGUUGAGAAUCGAGCUCGUGAAUUGGUGAUGAAUCGGCGUUGGGUCCAAGCUGUGUUUCGCUUUUCAGAUACUGUAAACUCUUCCCCUUGUUUAGAGGCUCCAACUAAGGUUGAUCUAUGUUGUCAAGAGAAUGUUCAGCCUAAUGCUGAUGUGGAGCCCGUUAAAGAUUUUGCAGUUGACAUGUCUGAAGAUAUGGCCGUCGAAAUGUUUGGAGUUCCAACUACUAAUGAUAAUGAGAUUGUUAAGAUUGAGCUUGGAGGCUGCGAUUUCAAGGUAAAAGUACUAUCCAAAGAGUAUCAGCACACUUGCAAAUCAACUGGCUUGAUGUUGUGGGAAUCGGCUCAUUUGAUGGCUGCUAUCCUUGCAAGAAAUCCAAAUAUUGUUGCAGGGAAAAGGGUUUUGGAAUUAGGGUGUGGCUGUGGAGGCAUCUGUUCAAUGGUUGCUGUUAGAUCAGCAAGCAUUGUGGUUGCCACUGACGGAGACAGAAAAGCACUGGAGCUGUUGACCCAAAAUAUCACAUCAAACCUUAGAUCACCAUUUCUAGCUAAACUUAUUACAAAGAGACUAGAAUGGGGAAAUAGAGAUGAUAUAGACGCCAUUAAAGUCAUGAAUAAUGAAGGCUUUGAAGUUAUAAUAGGAACAGAUGUUACUUACAUUCCCGAAGCUAUUUUACCUUUGUUUUCAACUGCAAGAGAGUUGAUUUCAUCCAACAGAAGUGCUGAGAAGGACCAAGCGCCAGCACUAAUUCUCUGUCAUAUCUUCCGGCGAGUUGAUGAGCCUUCUUUACUUUCAGCUGCAUCUAAAUUUGGUUUUAAACUCGUAGACAAGUGGGCGAAAGGAAGUCCAACUGAUCAGUCUCAAAGCUUAAUCAGCUCUUGGUUUCCAGAGAACAAUUUCGAUGAGCAUAUCCCAACUUCGGCACUAAAUAUCAUGUAUUUCCAGAUAGAUUGAAAGAUAUCUUAGGCUUUCACGUUGAUGAUAAUUUGUCUUGAUUUUGCUUUAAAACAAUUAAGUACUUCAUAUAUAUUAGUAUUAAAUAAAUUCAUAUUUGUAGCUUUGUGUUCCAAUAAAAUUGUACCAAUUUCUCUUCCUGUUUUCAAUAUGAAGAUUUUACAAUUUCAUUGACUUUGUCCUAUGAGGACACAUUAUGCAGGGGUGAAGGAAAGGUCUUUUGUAUAGAGAUUGGCUUUCCAUGAUGUGACUGCAAAAUUUUUUUAUUCGGUUGGUUUCCUGUUACCCUCCAAAACAGUACAUAUAAAGAACAGUAUUCCAAAUGUUG